AUGUUCGAAACAAAAAUCGAUACAUAUGAUGAGAUACUUAAAGACCUCAACGCCGUCUUAUCAGCUCAUCCUAGUGAUAAUCUACACUUGGCAUCUACGCUAAAUCUAUUUACGACAUUACGUGAACAAACGGAUAAACUUGCUUGCAAAAAUCCAGCUUCAAGACUUGUAAAGAUAUAUGGUGAUGAAGCUUUUAUUAAUUAUUAUAAGCAGUGUCUUGAGUAUUUUGUUUUGGAGCCGAAAUUAUGUGUCCUGGCCAGCUAUCAGUCGGCAGAAUCUAUGAGUUUUUCCAAACUACAUGCUUCCUUAUGGAAUAUAUGCAGGCUUCAUAACGCAACGGGAUAUUGGGUCUGUAAAAGACUAAGCAAACACUAUGUUCAUGAUUCUCUCUGGCGUUUCGUUUCAUGCAGGGCUCUUCUUGCCACAAAAUGUGUCCAGAAAUCCGCGACAAAGUUACUGGUUUGCUGGUCUUUUGGAAUUCUUCUCCAUAUUCUCUCUAAUACACAAGUUUCGGUGGAUAGCUAUCGGAGUCACAACGGCGUUCAUAUAUUGCUCCCCUUUCUUACGAACUGUAACUUUAGGAAAUCACGCAGCCAAUCAGAAUAUUUAAAAAUGUGCGCCCUUCUUCUCCUCGUCCGGAUUGUUGAUGAAACUGAGAAUAAAUCAAUCAACAAAUCCGAUAAUUAUGUCGAAUAUCUCCUCGGUGCUGUGAGAGUCGCACUUAAAGCGGCAGAUUUAUACUCCCCAAUUCAUAAAUACCACCUCCUUCAAUUGCUCUAUGGCCUCAAUCGAAUUAUCCGAUUUGAUGUAAACAAGCGAAUUCUAUUGGAAAACCAUAUACUUGAUGAUAUUCUAACAAUACUUCAAAUAGCAAAAGAUCUUCCCAACUCAAAGAAGUGCAAUAUUCUCAAAUCCCCUAUUCCAAAUACCGAUUCGGACACUCUAGCGACUGAGGUUAUUCGGUUGCUAUGGCAACUUUGUUUCCUAUCAGAAACCUUGGAACAACUUCAGCUUUAUCCCUCACUUCUUACUCUCUGUCGAGAAUUUGGUGAAAAGAGUAAUUCAACAACUUGUCGUGAAACUGUAGAGGGUUUACUCUGGACCCUUUCCAAAUCUGUGACUAAUUUUGAAUUUCCAUAUAUCAAAUUUAAACCCCUUUCAGCUACUGGAAAUCCUUAUGGUCACAUUGUCUUCGCCUGCAAUAGAACUUAUCGGCAAAGUGUGAACCACAUUAUGAUGUCAUUAAAACGACGCGGAUAUAAUGUUUACUCAGAACCUGAUCACUUGGGUAUGCUUCUUCCUUGA